AUGUCUCCACCCAACGACGACGCCUCAGCACCAUCAUCAUGUUCUGGUGAUGCAUGUGACUAUUCCCAUUGCGUACCAAAUACACAACAUUCUCAUCAUGUUCAACAAGAAACGUCAUGUUCAACAAUGAAUCAUCAUUCAACUCAACAACACAUUCACAUUGAAAUUAUUUCCGAUGUUGGAUGUCCAUUCUGUUUUCUCGGAAAGACACAACUUGAGAAGGCUCUAGAAUUACUGGGAGCCAAGUAUAUCAAUACUUCAAGUCCAAUCACAAACAUCACCUACUCGAUUGAAUGGAAACCUUUCUUAUUGAAUCCCUCAAUUCCUGCAGAAGGUCAAGAACGAGCCAGAUUCUUCAAAGUGAAAUUUGGCGUGGAAUUUAGUGAAGAAGAAAAGAAAAAUCCGUCAUUACUUUUGAAGGCCAUGCCCAUGUUGGCUCAUAUUGAACAAAUGGGCCAAGAUCUUGGAAUUACAACAAUGAAUGUCGCGAAUAUGAAUUUGCCCAUGAUUAACUCUCUGAAUGCACAUCGACUCAUGAAAUUAGUCGCAGAGAGGUAUCCACCACGAGAAUAUGACACUCAAAAUCAAGUUUCAGAACGCAUAUUCAGAUCGUAUUUCGAACAAGCUCUAGAUGUUUCCAAAGUGGAAGUGUUAAAACAAAUUGUAAAGGAUUGUCAUAUUGAAAAAGAUGUUACUGAAAACUUUUUCCUUGAGGACCCAUUAACGAACAGCGGUGAUCUCUAUUUGACUCAAGUGAAAGAUGAAGCAAGAAGAGCCAGCUUCUCAACAAAUGGAGUUCCUUAUUUCAAUUUUGUGAAUGUGACAAGAGGAGUGCGAACGAAUGGUUCAGGAGCCAUGGGAGUUCAAAAGUUCUUAAAAAUCUUGCAGUCUCUUGUGAAAUAA